GUUUUCACAGUUUUUAGCAGUUAAACUCUGGUGAAUGAAUGCUAUAUUUUUAUGACCAAACAUUAUGCAGGCAAAAUUAGCAUUUGGCUGCUAAUCCUAUUGUAUUAGUGCACUUAGCUGCCUUAGGGCUAAAUGUAUAUACACUGGUGUCUGUGGAGACAAAAGCUAAAGGAAAAUUAUUGUCAGACUCAUUGAAUGGACGCUUAAUUUCAAAUGAAUGUUUUUCAUUUCUUUGUGUCAUGCUGAAUGUGUAAAUUAGCUUCUAUUAGAAGAUGACAUGAAAGAGUAAAGGAUGUGUAUUGAUGGAGAAAAUAACACUCAUGUAUUUUUUUAUUUAUUUUUUUAAACAUGGAAUUCUGAUAAUAGAGAAAGUCCUUAGAAUUUUUUUUCUUCCUCUCUCACUGAGUUCUUCCUGUCAAAAUGUUAAUAUAAACUUUUGGAGCAUUUCGCUGUCAUCUGCUUCAACAAGCACAGCAGUCGUACAAAUGUGAAUGCAUAACCAUGAGCAAAAAAUAUGGUAAAAGAUAGUGGAAAUAUUUCAAAUAUAUUCAAAGCUUCUUUCAAAGGCUCAUUGUUUAAAGAAAUAAUUUUAAUUUCACGUUUAAUCCUCGCCCUUUUCUCUCUCCUACUUCCGUCCUCAGUCCUAAUCCAUCUUAACCACAGAAGCAUAGAGCGGUUCUGAUUAUGGCACUGCAUAUAGCACAUGGCUGAUUUACACUGUGUAACUGUAUAUGUCUUUUCUCUUCAUAGGAAAGAGUCUCAGAUAGACAUCUCUCCCAGUAGUGAACAUGCACACAAAGACAGACUUUGCGGGUGCUGUCCGAGCGCUAUUAGUCGUAAGGCCAGCAUAAAGGACAAGAUGUUUCUCAGUCCUUCCAAGGCUCCCAUGAUGAAGGGAAAGACCCAGUCUCCAGGGGCAGAGGAGGGCGCUGAGGCCAGUCCCAGCAAGGUUGCCAAGAGCUGGAGCUUCACAGAGAAGAACCGAGGGCCAAAACAGGCCUUCAAGGGCCGCGGUGGCCCCCUACGGCAAAACUCAGAGGCAAUUGAAGGUUUAAUAAAGGCGAGUCUCCCAGGAGAGGAAAUCGGUGAUGAUAAGAGCUGCCACUGUGAGUUUCUCACUCAAGAAUUACCUCCAGGAUUGAAGGUUGCAAUAAGGACAAUCUGUGUCAUGAAGUUCCUGGUGUUUAAGAGGAUGUUCAAAGAGAGCUUACGGCCUUAUGACGUCAUGGAUGUGAUAGAGCAGUACUCUGCAGGUCACCUGGAUAUGCUGUCUCGCAUAAAGAACCUGCAGUCCAGGAUAGAUAUGAUUGUGGGGCCGCCUCCCCCAUCAACACCUCGCCAUAAGAAGUCCACUGAAGGCCCUAGAGUCGACCAAAUAGUUGGCAAAGGUCCUAAAGCUGAAGGCGAAGCAGAGGACCUAAGCAUGAUGGGACGUCUGGUCAAAGUGGAGAAACAGGUGGUCUGUAUGGACAGGAAACUCGAUUUCCUGGUCAGUGUGUAUCUGCAGCGUAUGGGCAUUCCUCGUUCUGAAACAGAGGCCUUUUUGAACUCCAAAGAGCCUUAUCCAGCCCCGCCUUACAGCAGCCCGGAGGAAAAUAAGGUAGAGAAAGAGGGAAAAGAGGAGGUGAAGGAGGAAAAGGAGGUGAAGACAUGCUCACCUGCAGAUAUCCCAUGCUCUGAUGUGUCAUUUGAAAAGAAAGAUCCUUUACUGGGUCUGUCCAUGGCUAAGUCAGUGGGUACUCCCUCUGGGAGCAACAGCCGCCCCUCUACCUCUUGGCAGCACCAGCUGCAGCAUCCCCUCAGCCAGCCUGCAUGGAACAGCAGCGUGGCCAACACCCCUUCACCAGUCGGUGGCAGCGGUGAGCACUCGCCAUCGCUGUUCCGCCUUCCUCCUCCUCCGGUUCACGACUAUUCUUCCUCUGGCCUUGGUGGCAAGAGCAGAGAGAGCGGGUCCCAGAGCAGGAGGCGCCACAGGAGGCACAGGUGUCAGCAGGAUGCCACUGCUGUGGAGAGCGACACGUCUCUCUCCAUUCCAUCUGUUGACCACGAGGAGCUGGAGCGUUCUUUCAGCGGCUUCAGCAUCUCCCAGGCCAAGGAGGAUUUCUUUGGACCUUCAUUCUUUGGAGGUUCAGGUGCAGGAGCAGGGACUGAAGCUGGACCUGGACCCUCACUCUGUGCCAGAGUCAGGCCGUUCAUAGCAGAAGGUGAAUCAGACACAGACUCUGACAUCUAUGCGCCUUCACCUCUGUCCUUCACUGGAGAUGUCUCCUGUGGAGAGAGGGGUUGGCCAGGAUGGAAGUAGAUUUGUGGUGAAAGAGAUGAGUGCUUCAGUUGGCAACAAGAGACCUAUCAUGAGAAUGUGUAGCCAAAUGACUGAUUGUUAAAGCUGGGGAUGCAGUUUCAGACAAUUGGUGACAGUGAAUUGUUGUGUUUAGCUGUUAUUAUUGGAGAUGGUAAAAAAAAAGAUGAUGUUCUUAUAAAACAAAGAGGUUCUCCUUCUCACAUGUUAUGUUUGUGAUGUUACACUUUCCAAGCAAUGCAUAAUUAUAGUUACAUUCUAUUUGCAUUGCAUUCUUUUCCUUACUUUUUUUUUGUUCUUGAUGACAGACACAUCUGUGGGAGUAUGAUGAUGAUGUAUGGCACGUGAAAGGAAACGAGAACAUUAAUUUGCUUUCUUUGUGUGGUGAGUGCACUUGAGCAUAUCUUCUGUUAAACACUGACCACUUUAACUUUGAAACAGUGGCAGUUAGUAAAGCAAGAUUGUUAGUCUUAUCAUGUGGUUAGCAUAGUGUCUUGAUAACUUCUAUACCUUUGAAUGACUUAAGGUGUUAUGAUGCCAAAAAACUUUAGCUAUGAUAAUUAAUUAGAUUCUUGCAAUGUAAAAAAAAAAGAAAGAAAGUGCUUCUUUUCACCAUCAUUAAUUCCGCUUGGUGUUUACUAAAUACGUGAGAUAAACUCCCCUCAAAGUAUUGCAGAUACUUCCCUAUUAAUAAAGCAGUGAACGUCCUGCAUGGCAUGUUAAAUGGAUUCGAGAACUGUGUUCAGCAGGCAACAAAAACCAAACUAACAGUGGCAAAAAUCAACACAAAACCCCAGUUUUUAUUCUGUAUAGUCAAACAAAGUAGUGAAUAAAAGAUAAACAUAAAGAUCAUCAUGCAUGACUGGUUUCAAGCUGCAUUGUGUUCAUUUUUUAGAAAACUUUGCUUGAAUUCCAAUCAUGUGAGGGCAGCCUGAGCUUGUUCAUUUCAAAUGUUCUUUUCUAGGAAACCAUGUUGAGGCAGAUGUUUAUGCCACAUACUAGAAUUAGCUCAUAUGUUUUAUAUUGUUUUGCACAAUGAACAGUGCUGGUUUUAGAUUCAGUAAAUCAUGAGAAAUGAAGGCAUUUUGGCUGCAAUGCAUAUGUUGAGCCUUUAGAUUCAGUCAGUUCUGCUCUAAAUGAGGAAAUGCAAUAAGAAUCAAGAAAGGCAACCAAGAGCCGUCCUUUACAAACAUCAACAUGGCCUUAUUUUUCACACCAAAAAUCCAUUGUUUUAUAAGUAACAACAUGAGCAAUCUAAUUCUUAAUUUUAUGCUUAACAUUUCAUGUACUAUUUCAGGUGUUAUGCACUGGUGGACUUAUGUCCUCAGAGCAGAUGUUGGUAGUUACUAAUGUAGCUACCGAAGGUGUGAAACACAACAGUUUUGUUAGAACAAGUCGUAUAUAAAAAAAACAAAACAGAUUCAGCAUUUUCAAAUUAACACUGAAAUAUGGACAUGAUAAUGGAAAGGAAACAUCAAGGCUGUUCAGACACAAUCCAUAUUUUUCAGAAAAGAGGUAAUCAAACCUGCUGGUCUGUUUGCUCCGACAUGAAACAGCACCAUCAUGUAACUGCACCGUUUUCCUCUUCAAUAAUAAAACUUUGUACAUCACUGAAGAGCA